AUGGCUUUGUCAGGGAUUGAACUACCUCCUCGAAGAUUCUACCUGGGGAACGAGUUUGUGGACAGAGUGAAAUCUGGAGGAGAAAAAUUGACGCUCCGCAAUCCAGUAGACGACUCUGUCAUUGCUGAUGAUGUCCCAGUUGCUGGCACAGAAGAUGUGGACCGCGCAGUGGCUCUUGGAAGGGAAGCCUUUCGGAGGGGCCCAUGGGCAAAAUUCACCGGAAUUCAGCGGUCAGCAUGCCUGAACAAAUUCGCAGAUCUCGUCGAAAAGAAUGUGGAGCGACUGGCAUACGCAGAGUCCCUCCCCACAGGUCGUCCUGUCGCAGGCAUCAUUCAUUUUGACUUAGCACAUAUGGUGCAAGUUUACAGAUACUAUGCAGGCUGGGCAGACAAGAUCGGCGGCGAGUCCUUUGGAGAAGACAACGGAUUCGCCAAGAUCGUGAGAUACAAGCCACUCGGAGUGUGCGCUGGCAUUGCGUCCUGGAAUUCCACAUUUAUGUACAUCGGGUGGAAGUUGGCACCAGCCCUUGCAGCAGGCAAUACGGUCAUUUUCAAGCCGUCCGAGAAGUCGCCCCUUGGUGUACUGGCCCUGGCACCUUUGUUCGCUGAAGCUGGCUUUCCCCCAGGCGUGGUGCAAUUCGUGACCGGGGGGCGGGAGACCGGAUCUCUGCUGGCGUCGCAUAUGGAAAUCGCCAAAAUCAGCUUCACCGGCUCGAUCGCCGCUGGAAAGGCUGUCCAAGAGGCUGCAACAAGGAGCAAUUUGAAGAAGACCACGCUUGAGCUCGGCGGGAAGUCUCCAGCUCUGGUGUUCGAAGACGCCGACUUCGAAACUGCUGUUGGGAGUGUUGCCGGGGGAUUCCUUGCGAAUUCCGGCCAAAUCUGUGUCGCUGCUUCCAGAGUAUUGGUACAGGAAUCAAUAGCAGACAAAUUCCUCGCUGCGGCCAAAGCCGUUUUCGAAGGCAUUGGAGCACAAAUGGGCGGCAGCCCACUAGAGCUGUCCACUAGUCAUGGCCCAGUGGUGGACAAACUGCAGUUUGACCGAAUCAUGUCAUACAUUGACAAGGGCAAGGCCUCGGCCCAAUUGCUCACAGGAGGCAAAAGGCUCGGCUCGAAGGGCUGCUUCGUCGAGCCCACGCUCUUCGUCAACCCUGAUCCACAGAGUCCGAUCUGGAGAGAAGAGAUAUUUGGACCCGUCUUGACUGUGAGGACUUUCAAAACGGAGGAAGAGGCUAUAUACAUGGCCAAUGACAGCAUCUAUGGUCUGGCUGCAUGUGUCUACACAUCCGAUGUCAGCCGUGCCCUACGCGUUUCCGCUGCCCUUGAUUCAGGGGGUGUGUCUAUAAACUCUCCCUAUCUCCCAGAGCUUAACACACCUUUCGGGGGCAUCAAGCAGAGCGGCCAGGGCAGGGAGCUGGGCGCACAUGGUCUUUACAGCUAUCUGGAACCCCAAUCUGUGCAUAUCAGUACCCUGAUGAUGGACCCAACAGAAUACUUCAGCAUCUUUCCACCCGCGGAAAUGGAUCCCAAGGUAACCAAGAGAAACCUUUACACACGACGGACGCAUAUUCUCCAUGCCAGUGUGCCAAAGUCAGGGGAUGUGUCGAUCCGGAGAGACCUUUCCUCUCGCCUCAGGCUUGCAGUCCACGAGUACAACGUCACUGGAGCGAAGGAAUCCGGCUACACUAUCAUACUCACACAUGGAACGUCUUUCAAUAAAUUCUUUUGGGAGCUGGUGAUUGAUUAUCUAUUGUUGACACCAGGGGUCAAACCUACAGUCAAGCGCCUCAUAGCCAUUGAUGCUGCGAAUCACGGCGACAGCGCCGUCUUGAAUCGCGAGGUUUUACCGACUAAGGCUUGCUGGCCGGACGACUCCAGAGAUAUUCUCCACACUCUGGAGCAUUUCAAUGUUCAGCAGCCCGUCAUAGGCAUCGGUCAUUCCUUUGGAGGUGGCUCCAUGUGUCAUGCGGCCAUGAUGCAGCCGGAUGCCUUUGUGGCGACUAUUUUCAUUGAGCCGAUACUGUUCCAGAUGAAAGAGCAGACCGAAGCACUUGCAAAAAAGACCCUCAAAAGACGUGAUCGAUGGGAGUCAAAGGCAGCAAUUAAAUCCGCAUUUGAAAGAAGCUUUGAAGAUUGGGACAAACGACAGCUGGGCGUCUUUCUGGAGCAAGGGGUGAUUCCGUUGGAUGAACAUAACAUGUACUCUGGAUGGACCUUAAAGACGCCGAAGGAACAAGAGGCGGCUACGUAUCUUGCGGCGCCGCAUCCACAAAUCUUGCAUCUAUUGCAAGAGUCCAAGCGAAGGCACUAUUUCAUUUGGGGCUCGGACAGCUUUGCAAUCUCCGCUGAGAACAGACAAUUGGUUGAGCGCAUGGUGCGUCACCCUUCUACGACUCGAGUAGUCGCAGGAGCAGGUCACUUGAUCCCCAUGACACACCCUGAGAGCUUGAGCUCCAUCAUUGCUAGCAUUCUCCAACAGACGGCCACGGGCUCGGAUCCGAGGAAGGCGGAGAUGUCUGAAGUCAACAUGUCCCCCGAGUCUGUACAGAGCGAAGACGUCAGAGGCAGUGUGGUUGUCGCAGCUGCGAACCUUGAUGGAACCUCACCAAGUGGACAGAUGGACAACAGCAGGACCUUGACCGGUGGAUCCCAAGACACGAUGGCUGGCAGAGACCAGUCGAACCCGCCUGCGAAGAGAAUGAAACGAGGCAAAUACAUUUCGAGAGCCUGCACCGCAUGUCAACAACGCAAGAUCAAGUGCGAGGGUGGAGACCCUUGUGCUCACUGCAAAGCUAGGGGUCGAGUCUGCGUAUCUGCUGCCAGAGGGCAGACUAGGCAGGGCCCGAAGGCCGCGGCAUCUAGUUCAAUCGAUGUGACAAGCAGUGCCGAGAGCUCUACUGCUGGCAUGAGUAACCAAGAGCUCGCCGCUCGUGUAGCCCAGCUUGAACGCCGAUUCAAUUUAAUGCAACAAUCAGCCGGGAGCCCCAGCGAGCUCACAGCAGAUCGACCAAGACGUGAAUCUAGGCCCCUUGGACCUGUACAUGAAAACGAAUCUCAGUCACCAGCUUCCACGCAACUCCAAAGGGUUCUAGAGCCAGACGGACAGUCAUUCAUGGGGGAGCUCUCUAUGACAUCGGCCUUGGUAGAAGUCGAUGGGAGCCUGAGCGAAGAAUCGACAGAAAACAUCAUAAAGCUUGCGGUCGACCUCCCGCGAGACAGACCUCCCGGAAACAACAAGUCCGGCCGCAAAGUGAGAGGAUGGCUGGAGAGCAUCCUAGAGCGCUACGGCAUAGUCGCAGACGAGGAUGAGUGGAGGCGGUACAUGGAAUUAUUCUUCGAAGAAAUCCAUGUUCUAUAUCCUGUCCUCCAUCCACCAUCUGUCUGGGAAACUUUCAAUGGGCUUUGGGAGUAUGGUGCUCUCUGGCCCAUGGCAGACUCCACAGAAAGGGAGGAGAAACGCCUGUCUGUAGCCCUGAUCUGUUUCUGGUUUCGUCUGGACGCAACUCAAGAAUCGGCCCGUCUUGUCGCCCUUGCCGUCUCGAAUGCACACAUCAUGGGCAUCCACCGGCAAAGCAGGCUGGACACUGUGCCCUGCUUUCGCAGCCAGCUUCUCAGUCGAGUGUGGUGGUCUAUCUUCAUUCUGGAUCGCCGAAUGGCUAUUGAAUCCGGGCGCCCCUUCCUGAUACAAGAAAAUAACACCGAUACCCUUCUGCCGCUGGAACUAAGCGACGAGUGGCUUGGCCGGUUCGCCGGUCGAUCCGAUACAACCAAGGCGUUGGAGCGCGAGGUCGAAAAAGAGCUGUCGGAAAAGCACACCACAACAAUACCGUACCUCAUCGCCAUGGUCCGAUAUUCUCGUGUGGUUGGUAAGGCUUGGGAGCUCGUCUACGGUGUGAAAGCUUCCUCGAAUCAACCUAUUUCCCACAUGAUCGACUACGCAGACACGGUUCUGUCCAAUUUGCUGGAGACCCUGCCUGAAGAACUUACAUAUAAUCCCGAUUUGCCCACAAAGACUCAAUUUGCCACCAGAAAGAGGUGGCAGAUCAAACAAACCAUGUUGCUUUCAACUUGUGUUACCUUCCUACGUAUCCUCAUCCGCAGGCCCUUCACACACAAGGGAUCCACGGAUCAAACAAGCGACAACCAACUCGAAUCACUGUCGAUUUGCGCAAGUUUAGCAUCGAACAUCCUCAACGCUCACAGAAACCUGAGUGAUAGCACCAUGAAGUACUGCUUCCCGUACUGUCACUACCUGACAAGCUGUACCAUGGUCAUGACUAGUCUGGUGGCAAACGAGCCAGCACUCAAGAAGAGACACAGGGAAGCUAUUCUGGCGGCCACGCGUUCUCUGAGACUUUACUGCCAUACGAUAUGGGUGUCAGGCAAAAUGAUGAGAUGGGUCUCCAAGCUCACACUUAUAGCUCGUCGCGUGUUGCAGGCAGAGCCAAGUCAAAGGCUCGAUCGCUCGCGACGAAUGUCAGACGCGCUACAUGACCGUGACGAGGUUGUGGAGGAGACCCAACCGCAACAACUGACGCCUCAGUCGGGAAUACAUGAAUUCUCACAGGACGGUAUCCCUAGAUCAGGACCGAUCAACAAUACCGAGUCUUCCUACUUUGUAAACGCUCACGGCGCUAUGACAGCGAAACCUCAAGACGGCAAAGUCAACCAGGAGCAGCCUAACAUGUGGCUUAUGGAUGGAACAGGCGCCGAGGGCGGAAUACCAGAACUACCUGAAUGGGUCAUGACGGAUUUCAAUUUUGAAACAAUCAGCAGAGACGUCUUUGGCCCAGGAGAUACCAACUACAAGAAUGCGGCUGGGCACUCAGAUGAAAUACAAGAUGAUGGUAUGGGCCUGGAGAUGAGUAUGGGCGAGACGAUGCUGGACGCGAUUCCCAAUGAGAUGUACAGUCUUGAUAUGAAUAUGGAUUAG